GAAAAAGAAAAUGGAGGAGGAGAAGAAAAAGAUCGAAGUGGAAAAGAAGGAGGAAAUCAUCGAAAAGAAAAAGGUCGAGGAGCGUAAGAAGAUCGAGGAGGAAAAGACCAAAGUCGAGAAGAAAACCAAGGAGCUCGAACCUCAGCCAAAUGGUAUUGACAAGCCUCCUACCAAAAAGGAUAAAGAAGAAGUCAUCAACAAUGUCGAGGAAGUUAGCGAAAAAAGAAAGUCCGUCAAAAAGAAAGAGACUGAUACGAAAAAAACCGAGUCGUCUCGUGAAGGAACUCCUGAUAAGAAACUGCCUACUCGCAAGCAGUCCGUUAGCCGAGUCGAAGAGCUCAAAUCGGAAAGCAGGAGGAGUUCCAUCAGUAGAACAGAAGAAACGAUCCACGAGGAUGGAACUGGUACACCACAGAGAAGAGUAUCCAUUCAGUCAACGAUGUCCGAGGAAGAGAGUAUCACCGAGAGUCGCCGAUCCUCCAUAUCAAGCCAAAAGGACGAAAUCAUUCCCAGACCAAAAUCAAAACUAUUAGACAAACAGAAGAAAAAGGUCAAGGACGAUGAAAGUCAGGUUGAGAAAAAAGAUAAAAGGGAUUCCGUUAAAAGGGAUUCCGUUAAAAGAACUGUCGAUAAAAAAGACGAGGAUAAAGAAGUUAAAACAGACAAGGUUCGUGACAAAUCUGAGGAUACACCACACAUUACACCCAAGAAGCCAAGUUUGCCUGAUGAAUCAAAGGCAACACCACCAAUUAAACCCAAGGCACCUGGUAAAACAGACGAAUCAAAGGGUACACCACCUAUUGCAUCAAAGAAACCUGGUAAACCAGACGACACAAAGGGAACACCUUUGAUCAAACAUAAAACACCCGGAGAGCCAGAUGAAGAAAAGGAAAUACCCCUUGUCACACCCGCAAAACCUGGAAAAACAGAAGAUACAAAGCUAAAGUAUUCUACCAUACCUGAAAAGACUGAUGAGAACGAGGAAGUAAAGAAAACGCCACCGAUUAAAAAAACACCCCUUAAAUUAGAAAAACAAGAAGUAGAGUACAAGGAUGCACCGUUUGGGGCUAAAUUAAGAAAAAUAUCAAAGCCAGAAGAUGAAAAGAAACAACCAUCAGCAAGUGACAAAACGCUUAAGAAAGUAGAAAGUGAAACAAUAGAAUAUAAGGACGCACUAUUCGGCGCAAAAUUAAGAAAAAUACCCGUGCCAGAAGAUGAAAAGCAAGCACAGGCAGCGAAAAAAACACUUAAGAAACCAGAAAAGCAAACAAUAGAAUAUAAGGAAGCACCGUUCGGCGCAAAACUGAGAAAAGUAUCUAUGCCCGAUGAUGAAAAGAAAACCCUCGAACAGAAACAAAAAGCGCUCAAAAAAAUAGAAAAACAUGAAGUAGAGUACAAGGAAGCACCGUUUGGCGCCAAACUGAAAAAAGUAUCCAUACCAGAUGAUGAAAAGAAAACCCUUGAACAGAAACAAAAAGCGCUUAAAAAAGUAGAAAAACACGAAGUAGAAUACAAGGAUGCACCGUUUGGCGCAAAAUUAAGAAAAGUAUCCGUGCCAGAAGAUGAAAAGAAAUCGCCAUCAGCUACACAAAAAUCUCUUAAAAAACACGAAAAAGAAACGACAGAAUUUGAGGAACAACCUUUUGGCACAAAAUUAAGAAAAGUGUCUUUGCCAGACGAUGAACAGAAAACCCCAGAACAGACACAAAAAACACUUAAAAAAGUAGAAAAAAAUGAAGUAGACUAUAAGGAAACACCGUUCGGCGCCAAAUUGAGAAAAGUAUCUAGCCCAGAUGAUGAAAAGAAUAUCCCAGAACAAAAACAAAAAGCACUUAAAAAAGUAGAAAAACAUGAAGUUGAAUACAAGGAAGCACCAUUUGGUGCAAAACUGAGAAAAGUAUCUAUGCCAGAAGAUGAUAAGGAAAAAUCAGCUCAGACACAAAAAACACUUAAAAAAGUAGAAAAACAAUCACUAGAACUCAAGGAAGCACCUUUUGGCACGAAAUUGAGAAAAGUAUCCAUGCCAGAAGACGAUAAGAAAACGGCAACAUCUACACAAAAAAAACCUAUAAAACUAGAAAAACAGUCAAUAGAAUAUAAGGAAGCACCAUUCGGCGCCAAGUUAAGAAAAAUAGCAAAACCAGAAGAUGAGAAGGACACAAUGACACAAAAAACACCAGACACAAAGGAACCAUUAGCCAAACUAAAAAUACCUAGCUCAUCGGAAGACGUUAAGGAAACACCCUUUGGCGUUCUUAGAAAAGUUCGAAAACCAGACGAUACAAAGGAAUCGGACAGUAGAAAGGCAAGCUUGAAACCUGGCGCUGUUGGUGACGAAAAGAAACUGCUGACCAAGGAAAAGGCUGAACUUAAGUCUGUAGAUAGCAGUCCCCGAACGAGUCUGAAAUGGCGUAGACCGCUUCCACCAAAGCAAGAAGCUCAGAUUGAUUUUACUCAAAUCAAACUCAAGCCCGUCCCAAAAAUAACGAAAGAACCCGAGAUGGUCGAAAAUGGCACUAUUGAACUAAAGAAAGUCGGGGAAAAAGCCGAGAAGUUGGAUGUGAAAAAGAAAAAGAUGAAGGCCGACAAGGAAAAGAGCUAUGAACUGCCCGAAAUUCCAGAUUACGAAAGACCGGUCCUCGAGAAGCCCCAAGAAUUCGACUUUGGCGAACACAUCAAGCGCGAGAAAACCAAGCUCGAUCGUCCUCAAACGCAGAAGUUUGAGUCUAAGAGGGUACCGGAAAUCAAGGCGCCAGCCGAGACGCCCAAGAUCGAAGUUAUCAAGGACGUGACACCCUUGACCAGCCGUCGAGGUAGCUUGGCGCCUGGAAGUGGUGCCAGUAGUCGUAGGGGCUCCCUCAUACCACCCGAGGAACUUGGACGCAGACCCAGUCUUAUUAUCAGCGACGAGGAAAAUAGAAAGCUGCGCCCUGGCGAGGUGGUGGAUGAGCGCAAGAGAUUUGGAAGGCCCGGCGAGUUACUUGAAGACGACAAGCGACGUCGUCCGAGCACGGACGCCCGAAGACUCAGCGUGGCGGAUCUCGAGAAUAAGAUCAACCAGCCCAGCACCCCGCUCCGCGAUGUCGGACCACCAGGACCCCCUCAAAUCGUCGACGUGCAGGAGUCGUACUCUGCUGUCGAAGAUUCGACGGCAUACCUCACCGUACAAGUCGAAGGUACGCCGGCGCCGACUUUCAAGUUCUACAAAGGUAUGACUGAAAUCAUCGAAGGUGGUCGAUUCAAGUUCCUCACCGACUCCGAAACGAAUACGAUAACGUUAUGUAUGCGCAAGACAAAGCCGAACGACGAGGGUACCUACAAAAUCGUCAUCAGCAACAUUCACGGCGAAGACUCGGCCGAGAUGAUGCUAUACGUUUCCGAUGCCAGUGGUAUGGACUUCCGUGCCAUGUUGAAGAAACGCAAGUAUCAAAAGUGGGCACGGGAGCAAGAACAAGAGAAGGUCGAUCUCAAGGAGACCGAGAAACCAAUGCCUGCCCUUAAAAAGGUUGAAAAGAAACCUGAUGUGUUCUUGAAACCACUGAUUGACCAAUAUGCAAAAGAGGGAAAAGACAAAAAGGUUGUUUUUGAAGCAAACUUCUCGAAACCUAAUUGCAAACCCAAGUGGUACUUCAGAAAAGAUGAGCUAUUCCCGUCAGCUAAGUACAAAAUUAAAAACGAAGAGGACUUGUAUCAACUCGUUAUUCUUAAUCCAAAAGUGGAAGAUACCGGAAAAUACACAAUCGACAUAUCUGGAGUUUCAAGCACAGCCUUUCUUAAUGUCGAUGAACCCGAUCCUACAUAUACCUUUACCAAACCCCUCAAUCAACAAACAAGUGGUUUCUAUAAACACGAAGUGCAAUUGGAAUGCACUGUUAGUUCGAACAUGGCUCAAGUGUCAUGGUACAAAGGAAAAACAAAACUGGAGGACGGCGACGUUUAUCAAAUUUCAAAAGAUAUGGCUGGAGUUUGUCGCUUGACAAUUAGGAGUGCUACAUUUGAAGACAGUGGCGAGUACUUCUGUAAAAUUAGCAAACAACCGGAUAAGACGGACACGACUUUAUCUAUCAUCGAAUAUCCAUACAAAUUCGUGAAAGUGCUGAAGCACCAAACGGCUACAGAAAAAGAAACAAUUACAUUACUUUGUGAGCUCGAUGAUGCUGCAGGAGACGUUAAGUGGUUCAAGGGUGACCAAGAAAUAGUGCCUGAUAAGAGAGUACAAAUCAAAGAAGAAGGCCGAAAGAGAAAACUUAUUAUUAAAGACGCAAAAGUUACUGACGCGGGAAUGUACUCUUGUGUUAGUAAUGCUGAUAAAACUGAAGCUGAACUGAUAGUGAACUACUUGAACCGAUUUAACAAGAAACUUAAAGAUACAGUUGGUAUUGAACGUGAAAAAGUUGUUUUGGAUGUUGAGCUUCAAGACCAAACAGCUCCUGCAGAUUGGUACUUCAAUGGCAAACCUAUCGUACCAAAUGAAAGAAUUGAAAUUAAAAACCUUGGUGGUGGCAAACAUCAGCUUGUUUUUAACAGAGCAGAAAUGGAAGAUGAUGGUGAAAUUACAUGCGAAAGUGGCGAAUUAAAGAGCUCGUGCAAACUAACAAUCAAGAAAGGAGAAAGCAAACCUAUUGUCGAAAUUCCUAAAGAAGUGGCAGGGCCAUGUAGUGCACCUAUCGUAUUUGUCAUACCCUACAAGAUCGAUGGAACAAAACAGUCACAAGUUGAAGCCAAACUUAUGAAAGAUGGUAAACCACUACCUCUCAAGGAUGUAGAAAUUGUUGUUGGUGAAGAUAAAAUCACCUUUAAAAUAAAAAAACCUCAACACGAUCAGUCUGGUACUUAUCAAAUUAAAAUUGGCAACGCCCAAGGUGACGUGGUUGAAGAUGUUUUUGUAAACAUGCAAGAUGUUCCAUCACCGCCACUUGAUGUUAAUGUAACCGAAGUCUUCGCCACCAGCUGUGUUGUCUCUUUCAAACCCAGCCAGGAUGACGGUGGCUCGCCAAUAAUUAAAUAUGUCAUUGAACGAUUGGAUAUGAGUCUAAAGUCUCAGUGGGAUAGUGUAGGGGAGGUCGUGCAAGGUGAUAAAACUACAUACAAGGUUGAGGAUCUCGUUACAAAGAAACAAUAUAAAUUCCGUAUUCGUGCGGUUAAUAAAAUUGGAUCAAGCGAGCCUGCACUAUUUGCUAAUGUUAUUUUGGCAAAGGAUCCAUGGGAUGAGCCCAGCAAACCAAAUAAUGUUGAAGUGGUCGACUGGGAUGUAGAUCAUGCUGAUCUCACAUGGACUAAACCUGAUAAUGAUGGAGGUGCUCCUAUCACUGGCUAUAUUAUAGAAUAUAAAGAAAAAUUCGGCAAGGAAUGGGCUACGGGUAAAGAAAUCGAGGGUGAUGUUACAAAAGGAACAAUCGAUGGACUUAAAGAAGGUCAACAAUACGAAUUCCGUAUCCGUGCAGUGAACAAGGCUGGUCCUGGUGAGCCAUCUGAUGCUACGAAACCGAUAAUUGCCAAGAGCCGCUUUGUUAAACCUUUCAUUGUGGGUGAUGGUUUGAAGAAUCUUGUUGUCAAAAAAGGUCAAAUCAUUAAAUUUGAUAUUAAGUACGGUGGGGAGCCAGAACCAGAAGUCAAAUGGUUUUUGAAUGAUAAGGAAUUAGUCCCAGAUUCAGCAGAAAGACUGACUAUUGAUAAAUAUGAAAAAAAUACUGUAUUAACUGUAAGAAAAACAGCGAGACCUGAUUCUGGGAAGUACAAACUAAUACUUUCAAACAGCUCAGGCACAUGUGAAAGCUCGGCUGAAGUAGUUGUAUUGGAUAAGCCGUCGAAACCAUUAGGACCUUUAGAAGCUGUAGAAGUUCGAUCGGAUCAUAUUACUGUCAAAUGGAAAAAACCAAAAGAUGAUGGAGGUAGUGACAUUACUGGUUAUGUUUUGGAAAAAAUGGAUGUCGAUACUGGAAGAUGGAUACCAGCUGGAGAAGCUGGUCCAAAUGAACCGUACACUUUUACAUUCUCUGGAUUGACACCGAAGAAAAAAUAUAAGCUACGUGUUAAAGCUAUAAAUAAAGAAGGUGAAUCAGAGCCUCUUGAAACAGAUGAAGCUAUUGUUGCGAAAAAUCCUUACGAUGAACCUGGAAAGCCUGGAAAACCAGAAAUCUAUGAUUAUGAUAACGUUAGUGUCAGCUUAAAGUGGGCUCCACCUGAUAGUGAUGGUGGUCGUCCCAUUACGCACUACACAGUUGAAAUGAAAGACAAGUUUUCACCAGAUUGGGUUGAAAUUACUAAGACUAACGAUGAUAAAUCGGAAUGUAAAGUUGAAGGUCUCAAAGAAAAAAUGGUAUAUCAAUUUAGAGUUCGCGCACAUAAUAAAGCUGGAGCCUCGCAACCUAGCGAACCUACAGACAAUCAUUUGUGUAAACACAGAAACCUCAAACCAAGAAUUGAUCGAGAAACAUUCAAAUCUAUUACAAUAAAAGCUGGUAGAACACACAAGUGGUCUGUUGAUGUUACUGGUGAACCACCUCCAGAUUGUAAAUGGGUGUGGAGAGACGAUGUGCCUCUCACAAAUACAGAACGUAUUAAGAUCGAAAAUGUUGAUUACCAUACGGACUUUACUCUUUUAAACGCAGUAAGAAAAGAUACUGGAAAGUACACUUUGAUUGCUGAAAAUGCUAGUGGUAAAGAUACGGAAACUGUUGAGUUAAUUGUGCUCGGGAAACCUGCAUCUCCCCAAGGACCUUUAGAAAUUUCUGAUGUAACGAAAACUUCUGCAAAACUUAAGUGGAAAAAACCAGAAGAUGAUGGAGGCAGCCCAAUUAAAGAAUAUGAAAUUGAAAAAAUGGAUACAAAAACUGGAAAAUGGGUUCGUGUUGGUAAAGUUCCAGGAGACAAAUUGGACUUUGAAGUUACUGGCUUAAAUCCUGGCAGUGAAUAUAAGUUUAGAGUAACCGCCAUCAAUGACGAAGGCGAUUCUGAGCCAUUAGAAAGCGAAGCCCCAAUUAUAGCUAAGAAUCCGUUUGAUGAGCCUCUUAAGCCUGGAACUCCAGAAGUUAUUGAUUAUGAUAAUGAAUCUGUCAGCAUUAAAUGGACUCCACCAGAUUUUGACGGUGGUGCUCCAAUUGAAAAAUACAUAAUUGAAAAGAAAGAUCGGUACAAGCCAGAAUGGGAAAAGGCCAUGGAAGUUCCUGGUAAUACACUUGAAGCUAAAGUGGCUGGUCUGAAAGAAAAAGGAGAAUAUCAGUUUAGAGUUAUAGCGGUAAACAAAGCCGGACCUUCACCACCAUCAGAUGCAUCAAAAAUGCAAAUUUGCAAACACAAAGCUCUCAAACCAAGAAUCGAUCGAACAAAUCUCAAGCCAAUCGUGGUCAGAGCUGGUAAACCAAUUAAGUACGAUGUUGAUGUCCGAGGUGAACCCCCACCAGAAACUACGUGGUAUCAUAAGGAUACCUUAAUCAAAUCUGGUGAUAACAUUGAAAUCGUCAAUGUCGAAUACAAUACAAAACUGAGUAUUAAUGACAGUAAAAGAUCAAACACUGGAGUAUGGAAAAUCAAGGCUGAAAACGCUCAUGGAUUUGAUGAAGCUGAUGUAGAAGUAACUGUUUUAUCGGCACCAUCGAAACCAGUUGGUCCACUCAAAGUUUCCGAUGUUACAAAAAGUAGUUGUAAGCUCAAAUGGGAGAAACCAGAAGAUGAUGGUGGUAAACCAAUUACUGGCUAUCAAGUGGAAAAACUCGACAAAGCUACAGGCCGUUGGGUCCCAGUUGGACGUACAAAUGAUACAGAAAUGGAUGUGAAAGGUCUACAAGAAGGCCACGAUUAUGAAUUCCGAGUAAAAGCUAUCAACGAAGAAGGAGAAUCGGAACCUCUUGUCACAGAUAGAUCUAUUACUGCUAAGAAUCCGUAUGAUAUACCUGGUAAACCAGGUACGCCUGAAUUUGAAGACUGGGAUGUUGAUCGUGUCGAUCUUAAGUGGGAUGCACCUAAAGACGAUGGUGGUGCACCUAUUACUGGAUACAUUAUUGAAAAGAAGGAAAAACUUACCAGCCAUUGGGAAGAAGUGGAGACUACAACGUCUUCUCAGCCCAGAGGUCGUGUAUCCAAAAACUUGAAAAAGGGUGCUACUUAUCAAUUCAGAGUACGUGCUGUUAAUAAAGCUGGUCCAGGUGAACCUAGUGAGCCAACCAAACCACAUGUGAUGAAGGCACGCUUCUUGAAACCACGUAUCAAUCGUGAGAAACUCCAAACUGUUAAAGUAAGAGCAGGACAACUUGUGAAGCUUGAUGUUGAUGUCGAAGGUGAACCGCCUCCAACUAUUACAUGGAGCAAGGGAGCUAAGCCACUAUCUUCAAGUGCCAACGUUAAAAUUGAUAACGAAGAUUAUAAUACUAAACUUCAUUUAUCUAAUACAACUCGUGCUGAUACUGGAAAAUAUACAAUCAAGGCUGUAAAUGAUUCGGGCUCUGAUGAGGCUGAAGUUGAAAUAAUUAUUCUUGACAAACCAUCAAAGCCUGAGGGACCGCUCGAGGUUUCAGAUGUAUUUAAAGAAAGUGCCAAACUCAAAUGGAAAAAGCCUAAAGAUGACGGCGGCUUACCUUUGACAAGCUAUAUCUUAGAAAAAAUGGACGUGACUACUGGACGCUGGGUACCUGCUGGUAUUGUAGACCCAGAAAAAACGGAGCAUACAGUUACUGGAUUGGAGCCAGGAAGAAAAUACGAAUUCCGUGUGAAAGCAGUAAACGAAGAAGGAGAAUCAGAGCCACUUCAAACUGAUGCUCCUACACUCGCUAAAGAUCCUUACGAUGUACCUGCUGCCCCAGGUUUACCAGAAAUUGUCGAUUGGUCGGAAAAUAUGGUAAAACUCAAGUGGGAACGACCAAUCAGAGAUGGUGGUUCCCCAAUCACUGGAUAUAUUAUUGAAAUGAAAGAUAGAUUUGGGACGACUUUUAUAAAAGCUGCGGAAGUUGAAGGUCCAACUUGUUCUGGCACUGUGCAUAAAUUAGAAGAAGGCAAUCAAUAUCAAUUUAGAGUAAGAGCUGUCAAUAAAGCUGGACCAGGUGAACCUAGUGAAGCUACGAAUCCACAUACUGCUAAAGCUCGAUGGCUUAAGCCGUACAUUGACAGAACGAACCUACAGCAAACAACAAUUAAAGUUGGUCUCACACUAUCCUUGGAUGUUAAUAUAAUUGGUGAACCUCCUCCAACAGUUACCUGGACUUACAAAGGAAAAGAACUUGAAACCGAUGAUCAACUGAGAAUUGAUAAUAUUGAUUAUAAUACGAAAUUUUUCAUUAUGAAAUGCAAAAGAGCGCAUACGGGAAGGUACACUAUUAAAGCUAAAAAUGAAGUUGGCGAAGAUAUUGCUGAAUUUGAUCUUCUUGUCCUCGGUAAACCGAGCAAGCCAAAUGGGCCACUUGAAGUUUCAGAUGUUACAAAACAUGGUUGUAAACUUAAGUGGAAAAAACCUGAAGAUGACGGUGGUGCUCCUGUUGAAUAUUAUGAAAUUGAAAAACUAGAUCCUCUAUCUGGUCAAUGGGUUUCUUGUGGCAGAUCAACUGAACCAGAAGCAAACAUCACUGGAUUAUUAGAAGGCAAACCAUACAAAUUUAGAGUUAAGGCUGUUAACAAGGAAGGUGAAUCUGAAGAGUUAGAAACUGAUAAAUCUAUCAUCGCUAAGAAUCCAUUCGACGAGCCAAGCAAACCUGGACGUCCAACUCCAACAAAUUGGGAUAAGGACUUUGUCGAUUUAACGUGGACUCCACCAGAAAAUGAUGGUGGUGCACCAAUUGAGAAAUAUAUAGUACAAAUGCGUGACAAAGAAGGCAGACAAUGGGUUGAUGCAGCAACAGUACCUGGAAACGUUACAAAUGCUAAAGUUACAAAUGGAAUUCAAGAAAAUCACGAAUACGAGUUUAGAAUUGUUGCAGUUAAUAAAGCUGGACCUAGCGAUCCUAGUGAUGUAUCAAAGAGCGUUGUAGCAAAACCUCGUUUCCUUGCUCCUCGCAUCGAUCGCACAAAUUUACAGAAAAAAACUAUGCGUGUUGGACAAAUUCUACGUAUGGAAGCUAAAAUUAUCGGUGAACCACCGCCAACUGUAACUUGGAAGUUGAAAAAUGCCACUCUGAAAACUCAAGAUCGAUUGAAAAUCGAUAAUGAAGAUUACCAUACGAGUUUUAUUCUCAAUAAACUGGAACGUUCUGAUACUGGAAAUUACACUGUCUUUGCAAAAAAUGAUAGUGGUGAAGAUCAAGUUGAAAUCGAAGUUGUCGUACUGAGCAAACCAGGCAAACCUAAGGGCCCACUAAAGGUUUCUGAUGUCACUGCUGAAGGCUGUAAAUUAAAAUGGGACAAACCCGAAGAUGACGGUGGAGCUCCAAUCGAUCAUUACGUGAUCGAACGAAUGGAUGUAGAUAUGGGAAGAUGGGUACCUUGCGGGACAAGCAAGACACCAGAGGCUGACGUUGCUGGAUUAAAUGAAGGAAAAGACUAUCAAUUCCGUGUUAAAGCUGUAAAUAGUGAAGGAGAAUCCGAGCCGUUGGAAACAACCAGUCCAACGACUGCCAAGAACCCUUACGGUGCCCCAGAUGCCCCUGGAAAGCCUGAAUUUAAAGAUUGGGACAAAAAUCAUGCUCAUAUUAAAUGGACACCUCCUAAGAAUGAUGGAGGUGCUCCAAUCGAAAAGUACAUUAUUGAGAAAAAAGAUCAGUAUGGUAAAUGGCAGAAAGCUGCAGAGGUUCCAGGAAACAAAAAUGACGCAAGAGUCGGAGAUCUUCAGGAAGGGCAAAAAUACCAGUUUCGUGUUAAAGCUGUCAACAAAGGAGGUCAGAGUAAACCUAGCGAGCCUUCAGAGACUUUGUUGGCUAAAGAUCGAUAUGCAGCACCAAAGAUCGAUCGCACCAAUCUGAAAGAUGUCACGGUAAAAGCUGGAAAUCAUGUACGUCUUGAUAUUAAGGUUACUGGUGAACCCCCACCAACAAAGAUGUGGUAUUUGAAAAAAAAGAAACAAGAGUCCGAUGAAAACGGAGUUGUAAUUGAAGAAGAAGAUUACAGAACUAAAUUUUCAAUUGGUUUUGCACUUAGAUCCCACACAGGUCCUUUAACACUGAAAGCUGAAAAUGAUUCUGGUAAAGAUGAGGCAACAAUUUCUCUAACUGUGCUAGAUAAGCCAGCUAAACCUGAAGGUCCUCUGAAAGUGGAUAAUAUUCACAAAGAAGGUUGUAGUUUGAAGUGGAAUCCACCACUCGAUGAUGGUGGCGUCCCGUUAGAUCAUUAUGUCGUUGAAAAAAUGGACACACUUAGUGGCAGAUGGAUUCCUGUUGGGCGCUCAUUGGAGCCAAAAAUGGAAGUUGAAAAUUUGGUUCCUGGACAAGAAUAUAAAUUCCGAGUGUCUGCAGUUAAUGCAGAGGGUGAAUCAGAACCAUUAGUUACUGAAGAAGCAAUCAUCGCUAAGAAUCCAUUUGAUGAGCCUGGACCACCUGGAAGACCAGAAGCAACAGAUUGGGAUAAAGAUCAUAUCGAUCUCAAGUGGACCCCACCAAUGAAUGACGGCGGUGCUCCAAUUACAGGAUACAUUAUUGAGAAACGUGAAAAAGGUGGUCCUAAAUGGAUUAAGACUGUUGAAACUAUUGGGCCAGAUUGUAAAGGAAAAGUUGACAACUUGGAUGAAGGUGUCGAAUAUGAAUUCAGGGUGCGGGCUGUUAAUGAAGCGGGGCCAGGACAACCUUCUGAUGUUAGCAAACCAAUUACAGCGAAAUGCAGAAGGAUGCCACCUAAAAUUGAUAGAAAAUAUCUUAGAGACAUUACUGUUCAUGAACAUGAACCUAUCAAAUUUGAUAUAAAAGUAUUUGGAGAACCAGCUCCAGAUGUCUCAUGGUCAAUAAAUGGAAAGAUUGUUCAUCAGACUACAUACAGACGAGUCGAAAAUGUCCCAUACAAUACAAAGUUUUUCAAUGAUAGACCAGAACGUAAAGAUACAGGAACGUAUAAAAUUACUGCUAGUAAUCAGUAUGGUACUGAUACAGCGGAAGUGGAAGUCACUGUAGUCUCUAAACCCGAUAAACCAGAAGGACCAUUAGAAGUGACUGACGUACACAAAGAUGGCUGUAAACUGAAAUGGAAGAAGCCGAAAGAUGAUGGAGGUGAACCAAUUGAAGGGUAUAUCAUUGAGAAACUUGAUACGGAUACGGGAGUAUGGUUGCCUAUUGGUAGAUCAUCUGUACCUGAAGCAAAUGUCGAAGGGUUAACACCAGGACAUGAAUAUAAAUUCCGUGUGAAGGCCGUCAACAAAGAAGGAGAGUCUGAGCCACUCGAAACUAUUGGAACGAUCGUAGCUAAAGAUCCAUUCACUAUUCCAUCUCCUCCUGGUGCUCCUGAGCCAGUUGACUGGACAGCCAGCCAAGUUGAUUUGAAAUGGAACGAGCCAAUUAGUAAUGGAGGCACACCUAUCACAGGCUAUAUUAUUGAAAAGAAAGAUAAAUAUAGUACUAUGUGGGAAAAAGCUCUUGAAAGAGAUGUACCAGUUUGCUCAGGUUUAGUCACUGGGCUUAUUGAAGGCAAUGAAUAUCAGUUCCGCGUUAUUGCAGUAAAUAAAGCUGGACAAUCAGAACCUGGUGAAGCAAGCAGAACAUUUAUCGCUAAACCAAGAUUCUUGGCUCCAAAGAUUGAUAGACGUACACUGCGCGAUCUUACACUAUCCGCUGGAUCAACACUUAAGAUUGAUGUUAAUGUAAUUGGUGAGCCCCCUCCAACAAUGAACUGGCGAGUCGGAUCAAUGCCACUUACUCCAAGCAGAACAGUAAACAUCGACAAUGCAGAGUACACGAGUAAACUUACUGUCCGUCCAGUAAAACGUGACGAUAGUGGUGACUACACAAUAAUAGCUACUAACUCAUGUGGAAAAGAUACUGCAACUGUUAAAGUUACCGUAACUGAUAAGCCAUCGCCACCUGAGGGUCCACUUUCUGUCACUGAUGUUCAUAAAGAAGGGUGUAAACUAAAAUGGAAACGUCCUCUUGAUGACGGCGGUUUACCGAUCGAGUAUUAUCAGAUUGAUAAGAUGGAUCCCGAAACUGGGUGUUGGGUACCGUGCGGCCGGGCACUUGAGCCAAGUUUAGAUGUCACUGGAUUAACACCAGGCAAGGAAUACAGAUUCCGCGUAUCAGCAGUUAAUUCGGAAGGCGAAUCUGAGCCACUUGUUGCAGAACAAACAAUAAUAGCAAAGAAUCCAUUCGACGAACCAGAUAAGCCAACUGAUCUCGAAGCAACAGACUGGGACAAGGAUCACAUAGAUCUCAAGUGGAAUCCUCCAUUAAACGAUGGGGGUGCCCCAAUAACAAGUUAUGUAAUAGAGAAGAAGGACAAAUAUGGUGAAUGGGAAAAAGCUAUUGAAAUUCCAGCUUACGGAAGUGACGGUCCAGUUCGAGCAACUGUUCCAGACCUCAUUGAAGGACAACCUUACGAAUUCCGUGUACGGGCUAUAAACAAAGCUGGACCGAGUGAACCUUCCAAUCAGACACCUACGAUUAUUGCUAAGCCACGUAAUUUGGCACCUAAAAUUGACAGAACAAACCUCAUCGACAUUAAAGUCAAGGCUGGACAGAACUUUAGCUUUGAUGUUAAAGUCAGCGGUGAACCUCCACCAAAUACACGAUGGAUGUUGGAUAACAGAGACGUUAGAACUAGUGACCGAGUCAAAGUUAAACAUGUCGAUUAUAAUACUAGUUUGAAUGUCCGAAUGGCUACAAGGGCUGAAUCUGGAAAGUACCAGAUUAUCGCCGAGAACAUAAACGGCAAGGACAUUGCAUAUGUAAAAGUUACUGUUUUGGACAAACCUGGUACACCAGAAGGACCACUUAAAGUAUCAGAUGUCACAGCUGAAGGUUGCAAGCUGGCUUGGAAACCACCAGAAGAUGAUGGUGGGUGUCCUAUCGAAAAGUAUGUUGUAGAAAAACUUGAUGAAACUACAGGAAGAUGGGUUCCAGCUGGUGAAACUGAUGGUCCUGAAACCAGCCUCCAAAUUGAUGGACUUAUACCAAAUCAUAAGUAUAAAUUCAGAGUAAGAGCUGUAAACAAACAAGGAAAAGGAGAGCCACUUGCUACCGAGAAAGCCAUAGAAGCUAAAAAUCCAUUUGACGAACCAGGUAAACCUGGUACACCAAGAAUUAAGGAUUACGAUUCAGACUUUGUAGAUCUCGAAUGGACUCGCCCACUAACUGAUGGUGGUUCACCGAUUACUGGUUAUAUUAUUGAAAAACGUGAUAAAUAUAGUCCCACAUGGGAGAAAUGUGCUGAAACUGAAGGCGACUUACCCUCUGGUAGAGUAAAGGAUCUUAUCGAAGGAACGGCUUACGAAUUCCGCGUCAGAGCAGUUAAUAAAGCUGGACCUGGUGAAGCUUCUGAUGCCAGUGCAUCACAUCUUGCUCGUCCCAAAAAUCUUCCACCCAAAAUCGACAGAAAAUACAUGCUGGAUGUCAAAGUUCGUGCAGGCAGCUAUUUCGACUUUGAUGUUCCUGUCAGUGGUGAACCACCUCCAAAGAAGGAAUGGAGUCUCAAAGGCAAUGUGGUCACCGGGAGUGAUCGUAUUAAAAUUGUGAACGAAGACUACAAUACUCGAGUUCGUGUUUUAGAAGCUUUACGAGCAGAUUCAGGCGAAUACACUCUCACUGCACGAAAUGUGAACGGUAAAGAUAGUGCUACUCUACGAGUCAUCGUUCUUGACGUUCCUGCUCCACCAGAAGGUCCUUUAAAAAUAUCAGAUGUCUCAAGAAAUGGCUGUCGACUCGCCUGGAAACCACCCAAAGAUGAUGGUGGUUCUGAGAUCCUUCACUACACUGUCGAAAAAAUGGAUGCUGAAAGUAUGCGAUGGGUACCAUUAUGUGAGUCAGUGGGUACUAGUGUGGUGAUUGAUCACCUGAUUGAAGGACACCAAUAUAGCUUCCGUAUUCGAGCUGUUAAUAAACAAGGUGAAUCCCCUCCACUCAAUGGCCUUGACAGUAUUAUUGCUGUUGAUCCUUUUGGAAAACCAGAGAAACCUGGUACACCAUCUGUUACUGACUGGGAUAAAAACCGUGUUGAUUUGGAAUGGACACCACCGAAAAGAGAUGGAGGAGCACCUAUUACAAGUUAUAUCAUCGAGAAAAAGCCUAAAUUUGGACAGUGGGAAAAAGCUGUGGAAGUCGAUGCUGACAAAACGCAUGCUAGGGUACCUGAUUUAACUGAGGGAGAAGAGUAUGAGUUCCGUGUAAUUGCUGUUAAUAAAGCUGGACCUGGGGAGCCAUCUGACGCAUCCCUUCCUAUUGUUGCAAAAGCACGCUACAUCAAACCGUCCUUCGAUCCACAUUUAUUACAUGACCUUGUUGUGCGUGCUGGUCAAAAAAUCAACUAUGACAUACCGAUCGAAGCAUCACCUAAGCCUGUUGCCAAAUGGACCAUCAACAGCGUACCUGUCGUAGCUGAUGAACGACAUGAAAUCUUUACGACAAAUACCAAUACCGUGUUCGAAAUCGCAUUUGCUCACCGAUCAGACAGUGGACAUUAUGUGUUAACCCUUGAAAAUGAGCUGGGUGCCUUUAGUGCAAGUGCUAACGUAACUGUAAUUGAUAAACCAUCACCACCACGCCCACCUUUAGAUGUCACAAAUAUCACAAAAGAUAGUUGUCAUUUGUCGUGGCAAGCUCCACUGGACAAUGGAGGUACACCAAUUUUACACUACAUUAUUGAGAAGAUGGAUGUAUCCCGUGGAACUUGGACAGAUGCUGGUAUGAGCAUGGUGACUAAGCAUGAAGUUGCUAGACUAAUCCAUCGUAAAGAGUAUUUCUUCCGGAUAAAAGCUGUCAAUAGUGUUGGGGAAUCCGAACCCCUUGAAACCACUAAGAGCAUUAUUGCCAAGAAUGAAUUUGACGAGCCAGGCCCCCCUGGAAAACCCAGAGUACUAGACUGGGACAAAGAUCACGUCGAUCUCGACUGGCCUGUACCAGAAUCCGAUGGAGGAUCCCCUAUCACUGGAUAUAUUGUCCAAAAGAAAGAGAAGGGUAGUCCUUACUGGACUAACGCUGUUCAUGUGCCAUCCAACCAAACUAAAGCUACUGUGCCUGAUUUAACCGAAGGACAAGAAUACGAGUUCCGUGUAAUAGCUCAAAAUGCUGCUGGCCAAUCUGAACCUUCAGAGCCUAGUGACAUGGUCACUGCUAAACCAAGAUACUUGGCACCGAAAAUUAAGACACCACUAAACGACGUAAAGAUCAAAGCAGGUCACAUAUUCCACUUGGAUGUAGACUUUAUUGGUGAGCCGAUUCCAGAAGUCAUGUGGACUAAAAACACCAAAGAUAUAGAAAGUAAUAAGAGAACAACAGUCACAUCCAUCGGCUACCACACGAUCCUUCAUAUUGUUGACGCCAAGAGAUCAGAUUCUGGAAGCUACCAUAUAUUGUUGAGAAACAGCAGUGGAAUUGAUGAGGGAUCAUUUAAAUUAACAGUUCUUGAUAAACCUGGUCCUCCUGAAGGUCCACUUGAAUAUGAAGAAAUUACUGGACAGUCGGUUACUUUGUCCUGGAAACCACCAAAAGACAAUGGUGGAAGUGAACUAACUGGCUACAUAAUUGAAAAACGUGAUCUUACUCACGGUGGAGGUUGGGUGCCUGCAGUAUCACAUGUCAAUCCUAAAUUCAAUCAUGCAACGGUACCUCGUCUUAUUGAAGGUACGAGCUACGAAUUCCGAGUUUGUGCUGAAAAUCUUCAAGGGCGCUCUGAACCAUUAAAUACAGACAGAUCAAUUGUUGCGAAAAAUCAAUUCGUUGUUCCUGGUCAGCCUGGUAGGCCAGAAUGUGUCGAUGCUGACAAAGACCACAUUAAAAUCGAAUGGAAGCCACCAAUAAGUACAGGUGGUUCACCAAUCAUUGGUUAUGAUGUCGAAAGACGUGAUCGAGCAACUGGCAGAUGGAUUAAACUCAACAAAGAACCAGUUAAACCCACAGAAUAUUAUGAUGAUCACGUUAGCGAAGGUCACCAGUACGAAUAUCGAGUAACAGCUAUCAAUGCCGCUGGUGCCGGAAAACCAAGCGACACUUCGCACGUAAUUACAGCCAAGCCCAUGAGGGAAAAACCGAAAUUAUAUCUUGAUGCACUUAUUGGCAGAAGGAUAAAAGUUCGCGCUGGAGAACCAAUUAAUAUUUGCAUACCGAUAACUGGUGCGCCUACUCCAAAGAUUGAAUGGACCAAAAACCGUGUAAAACUUGCAGAAACUUUGCGCAUUUCGACUGAAACAAAGAGCGAUCAUACUCAGUUGCUUAUUGAAAAAUCAGUUCGCGAUGAUGGUGGAAAAUACACCAUUACAGCAACAAAUGAUUAUGGUCGUGAUUCUGCAGACAUUGAAGUUAUUGUAGUAGACAAACCUGGACCUCCCCAAGGCCCUAUACAAUAUACAGCUACCACACAAGAAAGUGUUUCUCUUGCCUGGAGCCCACCAUUAGACGACGGUGGUUCCGACAUUACAAAUUAUAUUGUUGAAGUUACUGACUUUGGAUCUGAAAAUUGGAGACAGUGCCCUGGUUAUUGCCCAACAACCCAUUUCACUGCAAAAGGUCUCACGGAAGGCAAGCGCUACGUAUUCCGUGUUCGCGCCGAAACGAUAUAUGGUGUUUCCGAACCUCUGGAGGGUAAACCUGUUACGGCUAAAUGUCCAUUUGAUCCACCAGACGCUCCCAGUCAGCCAGAGAUUCUGGGAUAUACUCCCAACAGCUGUACAUUGGCAUGGACUCCACCAGUAAAUACUGGUGGCAAACCAAUAACUGGUUAUAUUGUUGAAAAACGAGAGCGAGGUGGCGAAUGGAUAAAGGCUAACAACUAUCCGACACCGAAUACUACGUUUACAGUUCAGGACCUUCACGAAGGUGGAAGAUAUGAAUUCCGUGUCAUCGCUGUUAAUGAAGCGGGACCUGGACGACCAAGUAAACCAACGGAACCAAUCACUGCUGGUCACCAGAGAACUGCUCCAGAUGCUCCAGAGCAACCAAAAGCUGACCGUAUCACGAAAGAUUCUGUUACUAUAUCCUGGCGACCACCACGUAGCGAUGGCGGAGCAAAGAUCCGUGGUUAUAUUAUACAACAAAAGAAAGCUCGUGGAACCGAUGACUGGGAUGACGUUAACGGUGCUCCUGUACCUUCAACUUCAUUUACAGUGCCACACCUAAUACUUGGCGAAGAGUACCUAUUCCGCGUAAUAGCCGUUAACGACGUAGGCAAGAGUCCACCAAGUAGAGCCAGUAAUCCAAUUACAAUUGAAGAACAACCUAACAAGCCAAUAAUGGAUCUUGGCGGUGUACGUGACAUAACAGUUCGUGCAGGAGAAGACUUCUGUAUUCACGUACCUUACAUCGGUUUUCCAAAACCAACUGCUACUUGGUAUGUCAAUGAUGUCGUCACGGAUGAGGAUAUAAAUAAACGUGUGCAUUUACAGCUAGCUGAUGAUUAUGCUAGCCUUGUAGUAAAAAAUUCAAAACGUUCAGAUGGCGGCCAGUACAGACUACAGCUUCGCAAUGCAUCUGGCUUCGAUACAGCCACAGUCAAUGUGCGCGUUCUUGACAGGCCUUCACCACCUCAAAAUCUACGAGCUGAUGAAUUUGCUGGAGAUGCACUCACACUAUUCUGGAACCCACCAAAAGACAAUGGUGGUGCAGAAGUAACAAAUUACGUUAUUGAGAAAAAAGAACCAAAAUCAUUUGAAUGGGUCAAAGUAAGUGCAUGCACCACGUCUACGUUCGUACGUGUGCGUAACCUUGCCGUAGGAUGUGUGUACGAUUUCCGAGUGAUGGCAGAAAAUCAGUAUGGCACUUCAGAUCCAGCUACAACGACAGAUCCUAUCAAGGCAAGAUAUCCAUUUGAUCCACCUGGUGCACCUGGGGCACCUCGUGGUGUUGAAACGACUGAAGAUAGUAUUACUAUAACUUGGACAAAGCCAAGACACGAUGGUGGUGCACCUAUUACGGGUUAUGUGAUUGAAAAACGAUUAAUUAGUGAAGAGAAAUGGAUUAAAGCUACUCAAGCACUUGUAACUGAUACCACAUACAAAGUAGGAGGCCUUAUUGAAAAUCAUGAUUACGAGUUUCGUGUUGCUGCUGUAAACGCAGCAGGACAAGGUCCAUUCAGUGCAGGUUCUGAUGCGAUCCGAGCCAGCGCGCCAUCCAUAUCACCAAAGAUCACAAGCGACCUCAGCAUUCGGGAUAUGACUGUUAUCGCUGGCGAGCCAUUCACUAUUACUGUACCAUUUAUUGCUAAACCCAGACCAAGACCCACGUGGUGUAUAAAUGGUGAAGAUGUAGUUACCGAUGAUAGAAUUAAAUUCGAAACUAACGAUUAUGAGACACAAUUUAUCAACAAAAAAGCCAAACGAUCAGAAACCGGCAAUUACACAAUUUAUCUGACAAAUGAUGUAGGAACAGAUUCUGCUAGUUGUAAGGUUCUCGUAGUUGAUAGACCAUCAGCACCACAAGGACCUCUAGAUGUAUCGGAUAUUACUCCAGAAACCUGCACAAUAUCUUGGAAACCACCGUUCGACGAUGGUGGAUCUCCAAUAACAAACUACAUCAUAGAGAAAUUGGAGCCCAUUGGUAUUUGGACAAAACUCAGCAGUUUUGCUAGGCGUACAACUUACGACGUAUUUGGCCUUGAACCCAACAAAAAGUAUAACUUCCGUAUAAGAGCUGAAAAUCAGUACGGAAUUUCAGAGCCAUUGACUGGAGACGAGCCCAUUAUGGCCAAAUUUCCAUUCCAUGUUCCGGAUCCACCUGGAAGGCCACGUGUUACAGAUUGGGAUUCAACGAGUAUCACAGUUACAUGGGACAGGCCUGUUUCUGAUGGCGGCUCCCGCAUCCAAGGUUAUAAAAUUGAGUUCAGAGACCCAUCUGAUGACACAACGUGGCGUAUUGCUAAUGAUUAUCUUGUUAAAGACACAACCUAUAUUUGCUAUAAUCUUCUUGCCGGUCAUGAAUAUGAAUUCCGCAUUCGUGCUAAGAACGCAGCUGGUUUGAGUAAACCUAGUCCACCAUCGACACCAUUCAAGCUUAAGAGCAAGUGCAUGGUACCAGAUGCACCACGAAACCCACAAGUUGUCAAGGUUGGCAAAAACUACGUCGAUUUGCGAUGGGAGGCGCCAGCUUCCGAUGGUGGCAGCCGUAUUACUGGAUACAUGAUUGAAAAACGUGAGAUUGGUAGCGCUAUUUGGAUGAAGUGUAGCGACUAUAAUGUAACAGAUCUUGAAUAUACGGUGCUACACCUGAUCGAAAAAGGAGACUACGAAUUUAGGGUAUUCGCUCUCAAUGCAGCCGGUAGAUCGGAUCCAAGCGCAUGCACGGCUCCUGUUAAAAUCUGUGAAGUCGAAGGAGGUGAGAAACCAGAGUUUGUUAGAACUUUACCAUACUCGCAAGGAGUUGCACUUGGAAAAACGCAAGUACUUGAAUGCGAAGCCACUGGUAAACCAGCACCAAUCGCCAGGUGGUUGAAAAAUGGACGAGAAUUAACACUUGGAGGUCGAUUCCGUACAGAGGCAUUUGAUGGUGUGUUCCGCUUGGUAAUUACAGAAGUUUACGAAUCAGAUGAGGGAGAUUACACUUGUCAAGCCACAAAUGCUGUAGGGUAUGCCAGCACGACUGGUAGGCUAAAGAUCGGUUCGCCACCACGUAUAGAUCGCAUACCAGACGAUUUAUUCCUGCCAGAAGGAGAAAAUACAAAGAUUAAAGUGUAUUACAGCGGUGAUCAGCCGAUUACGGUUACAUUAAAGAAGGAUGACAAGAAACUGCCCGAGUCCACGGAUCAUCUUAAAUACACAGUGUUUGACGAUUACAUCAUUAUAUUUAUCAAAGAAAUUAACAAAGAUCAAGACACCGGAGUGUAUGAAGUGCUUUUAGAAAAUGAAAGCGGUAGUGUGAGUGGGGUGUUCAACGUUUACAUAACUGGUUUACCUGGACCUCCACAAGGACCACUAGAAGUAUCACAUAUCGACAAACACACUUGCUCACUCAGUUGGCAUCCACCUAAAUUUGAUGGUGGUCUUAAAAUUACUCACUACGUUAUUGAAAGACGCGAUGUAACUCACACGCAAUGGAUUACGAUCUCUAUGUUUGGCUGCAAAGAGACCUUCUACUCAGUCCAGGGUUUGACUGAAGGUCAAGAAUAUCUAUUCAGAGUCAUGGCUGUCAACGAUAAUGGUAUGGGCCCACCAUUACAAGGAGCUAACCCCAUCAAAGCUAAGGCACCAUUCGAUCCACCAGGGCCUCCGGGAACGCCUAAAGUUACUCAAGUGGGUGGAGAUUUUGUUAACCUUUCGUGGGAAAGACCAGAGAAUGAUGGAGGUGCAAGAAUUCAAGGAUACUGGAUUGAUAAACGCGAGAUCAAAACACCUGAAAGCUGCUGGCUGCGCGUAAAUCCAUCAAUCUGUUUGCCAACUCAGAUCAAUAUUAGCAAUCUGAUUGAAGGUCGAAAGUACGAGUUCCGUGUCGUUGCUCAAAACGAAGCAGGUUGCGGACCCGAAUCCAAGGCUUCAACAUCCGUUGUUAUCCGCGAUCCUCAAGCUGCUAAAGCACCAGAAAUUCUGAAACCUCUACCAAAGACACUGAAUUGUGCUCAAAACCACAAUGCACACUUUAAAUGCAUCAUCACUGGCAUUCCUGCUCCAACGAUCUCGUGGUUCAAGGGAGCUCGAGAGAUCGUUAAUGGCUCGCGUUAUAAGAUAUACUCUGAGGGUGAUUGUCACAAUCUUAUUGUACAUGAUAUCUUUGGAGAAGAUGCCGACGAGUAUGUUUGUCGGGCUGUCAAUAAAGCUGGUGUUAAAUCAACUAAAGGUGAGCUUAUGAUCAUGACGCCACCAAGACUGAAUGUGCCACCAAGGUUCCGGGACACAGCCUUCUUCGACAAGGGCCUCAAUGUUGUUAUUAAAGUACCAUUCACUGGUUUUCCUAAACCUAAGAUCGCAUGGGUGAGAGAAGGUGAAACCAUCGAAUCUGGAGAACAUUACGACAUCCAUACUACGGAAAGACAUGCUACUUUAACGAUUCGAGAUGCCAGCAAAGUAGAUUCUGGACCAUACAGAUUAACCGCAGAAAAUGAUUUGGGUCAAGACUCUGCGAUCAUCAAGAUACAGAUAAGCGACAGGCCAGAUCCUCCGCGAUUCCCGAUAAUAGAUAGCAUUGGUCAUGAUUCGCUCGCAUUAACUUGGAAGCCACCAGUAUGGGAUGGUGGCAGUAACAUCACCAACUAUCUCGUGGAAAAGCGCGAGCAUCCAAUGUCCACGUGGAUCCGAGUGGGCAGCACGCGAGUUUGCUCUAUGGCAAUUCAUGGUCUUAGUCCCGGACACCAGUACGAUUUCCGCGUCUUUGCGGAAAAUGUAUACGGACGUUCAAAUCCCAGUGAAACGACGCCUUUGGUGCAAACAAAGGGCGAAGCGAAGAAACGACGCGAAGAACCUAAGAAAAAACUUGACGUUGACCCUGUCACUGGCAAAAAGAUUCGUGGCACGGAUGAAAAAGUUUGGGAUUAUGAUCAAUUUGUGUCAGACAUCUAUGACAAGUACGUGCCGAGACAGCCUGUUGAUAUCAAACGAAACGUUUCAGUGUAUGACCGCUAUGACAUUCUCGAAGAAAUCGGUACUGGUGCGUUUGGCGUUGUGCAUAGAUGUAGAGAACGAGCGUCAGGCAACAUUUUCGCAGCUAAAUUCAUUCCAUCAGCACAUCCUAUGGAGAAGGAGCUUAUCAGGCGAGAAAUCGAUAUAAUGAAUCAACUGCAUCAUCCCAAGUUAAUUAACUUGCACGAUGCCUUCGAAGACGAUGACGAAAUGGUCCUUAUCUUCGAGUUCUUGUCUGGUGGUGAACUGUUUGAACGUAUUACCGCGGAAGGUUACACAAUGUCGGAAGCUGAAGUUAUUAAUUACAUGCGACAAAUAUGCGAAGCCAUCAAACACAUGCACGAAAGAAACAUUAUUCAUCUCGAUGUCAAACCCGAGAACAUCAUGUGUCAGACGCGACAGAGUACAAAUGUAAAACUCAUCGAUUUCGGACUAGCCACUAAAUUAGAUCCAAAUCAAGUAGUAAAAAUCAGUACGGGUACGGCGGAAUUUGCAGCUCCAGAAAUCGUUGAAAGGGAACCCGUCGGUUUUUACACGGACAUGUGGGCGUGUGGUGUUCUUGCAUACGUUUUGUUAAGUGGACUGUCGCCGUUUGCCGGUGACAACGACAUCGAGACCCUCAAAAAUGUCAAAGCUUGCGACUGGGACUUUGACGAGGAAGCAUUCCGAGAAGUUUCCGAAGAGGCCAAAGACUUCAUUAGAAGACUACUUGUCAAGAACAAAGAGAAAAGAAUGACUGCACACGAAUGCUUGAUGCAUGCAUGGCUGACCGGUGACUCGAGUAAGAAAACGCGCGAGAUCAGCUCAAGCAGAUACAUUGACUUCAGAGACCGUAUCCGUGCCAAAUACGAGGACUGGAAGAAAUACGUACUGCCCAUUGGACGUCUUGCCGAAUACUCGUCGCUUAGAAAAUUAUUGAUCGAGAAAUACCAGAUCCAAGACACAACGUUCGAUCGUAGACAAGCCGCGCCAAGGUUCGUCAUCAAGCCACAGAGUGCCUUCGCUUACGAGGGACAGAGUGUCAAAUUCACGUGUCGUGUAAUAGCAAUAGCACCAGCCGUGCUCACGUGGUACCGAAAUAACCAGGAACUCAGACAGUCCGUGAAAUUCAUGAAACGUUACAUCGGAGACGACUACACCUUUGUCAUCAACAGGGUGAAAUUGGAAGACAGAGGGGAAUACAUAAUCAGAGCAGAGAAUCAUUACGGUUAUCGCGAGGAAGUUGUAUUCUUGAACGUUCAACCUCUGCCCAAAGACGUACCGCCAUACAAACCAGAAGCCUACCAGCCAGUCAGAAGACGCGAGCCUUUGCCGUAUCACUUCUGGAUGGAGACGAAAGAAUCCGCUCCCGACUUUACCUUCCUGCUGCGUCCUCGUGUCAUGCAAGCCCGCGACACCUGUAAACUGUUGUGCUGCCUGAGCGGCAAACCAACGCCCACGGUCAAAUGGUACAAGAACCAGAAAGAAUUGUCCAAAUUGGAUUACACGAUGACGAACGCGGACGGCGUGGUGACGAUGGAGAUCGUCGACUGCAAGCCCGAGGACAGCGGCAAGUACAGGUGCGUGGCGAUCAAUUGCCACGGCACGGACGAGACGAGCUGCGUUGUCAUCGUCGAGGGCUCAGGCGAGACCGAGGAGCAAGAACAGCUGGCCCACGAUUUCUUACAUUCCGGAGAGCGCCGGUUCAUCGAAAAGCCGCUCAAGCCGGCUCCGUAUCAGCCGGUCACGACCACGGUCAUCAGGUCGACGCCGUUCAAGCCAGGCCACACUCCGGUCGCCAACAUACCGAUAAGCGAGCGCGAGCUGCACCGGGUCACGAUUCCGGAGCCAGAGCCUGCGCCGGUCCCAGUCGUGGAAAAGAAGCCCGAGCCACCGAAACCUGUCACACCCGAACCCGUGUUCGAUAAACCCGAACCCAAAGCGAAGAAAUCGGCCAAGAAGUAUGGCUCGAAGUUGGACACGACGGGCAGCCCGUCCAGAUCGAGAAGCACGACAAAAGAACUGAUUCCUGCCCCUGACACAACGAUGGGACCACCGGCAUUCGUCCAGCAGUUGGAUAGUGAGCUAAAGAUCGACGACGGCACGAGGCUCGAACUAACUGUCAAAGUCGAGGGUGAUCCCGAGCCACAAGUCACGUGGUUGAAGAACGAACAGAUCGUCACGUCGUCAGAUGUUGUCGAUUUAAGGUAUAAGAAUGGAGUAGCUUCACUGACGAUCGCCGAGGUCUUCCCCGAAGACGAGGGCGAAUACGUAUGCACGGCUAGCAACAGUAUUGGAACCAUAUCUACCACUUGCAAGUUAAAGAUCAAUCCUGUAGAAAAAGCACCAGAGCCCAAACGAAAGGUCGAAACCGAUGAUCACGCGCCACAAAUAGUCGACCACCUGAAGAGCACAGUGGUGAACGACGGUGAAGCGGUGACGCUUAGCUGUCGUAUCAUCGGGGCGAACAAGUUCGACGUCAUUUGGCUGCACAGCAACAAAGAGAUCAAACCGAGCAAAGACUUCCAGUACACCAGCGAAGCCAACAUCCACNGG